AGCCAGUUUCGACACAUUGCCAACCGAACCACCCGCAGACGGUCACUCCGCGUUACUGGAACGAGCAGCUUCGUACGAUGGCGCGCUUCACGAUGAUCGGGCUCGGGAGCGCUCUGUGCGCUUCAGCCGAUUUGCAGCUGAUGCAGUUUUCGUUGGACGGGUCGCAGCAUGAUAGGCAGAUCCAGCAGCCGACGCAGGGUUGCCAGACCGCUUUCCCAGGCGACCCGUGCUACGAGAAGGUGGUGUGGGCGAUGCAGAGAGGCAUCUCGCAGCACCCGGACUGGUACGCUCCGUUGACACGGAGCUCGAGCUUCGAGGACUUCCAGAGGUUUCUGCACGGGCAGCCCAGGCUCGCGCACGUGUGCCCCGAGCCUUGCCCGCAACAGCAUUCGAGCGGAAGGUUGUCGGCGGAGGAGUCGGCGACCGCGCCUGCCCCCUCCCAGGCGUGCCGCACCGCUGCCGAGAGCGACCCGUGCUACGAGAAGGUGGUGUGGGCGAUGCAGAGAGGCAUCUCGCAGCACCCGGACUGGUACGCUCCGUUGACACGGAGCUCGAGCUUCGAGGAUUUCCAGAGGUUUCUGCACGGGCAGCCCAGGCUCGCGCACGUGUGCCCCGAGCCUUGCCCGCAACAGCAUUCGAGCGGAAGGUCGUCGGCGGAGGAGUCGGCGACCGCGCCUGCCCCCUCCCAGGCGUGCCGCACCGCUGCCGAGAGCGACCCGUGCUACGAGAAGGUGGUGUGGGCGAUGCAGAAAGGCAUCUCGCAGCACCCGGACUGGUACGCUCCGUUGACACGGAACUCGAGCUUCGAGGACUUCCAGAGGUUUUUGCACAUGCAGCCCAGGCUCGCGCACGUGUGCCCUGAGCCAUGCUCGCAACAGCAUUCGAGCGGAAGGUCGUCGGCGGAGGAGCCGGCGACCGCGCCUGCCCUUUCUCAGGCUUGCCGCACCGCUGCCGAGAGCGACCCGUGCUACGAGAAGGUGGUGUGGGCGAUGCAGAGAGGCAUCUCGCAGCACCCGGACUGGUACGCUCCGUUGACACGGAGCUCGAGCUUCGAGGACUUCCAGAGGUUUCUGCACGGGCAGCCCAGGCUCGCGCACGUGUGCCCCGAGCCAUGCUCGCAACAGCAUUCGAGCGGAAGGUCGUCGGCGGAGGAGCCGGCGACUGCGCCUGCCCCCUCUCAGGCUUGCCGCACCGCUGCCGAGAGCGACCCGUGCUACGAGAAGGUGGUGUGGGCGAUGCAGAGAGGCAUCUCGCAGCACCCGGACUGGUACGCUCCGUUGACACGGAGCUCGAGCUUCGAGGACUUCCAGAGGUUUCUGCACGGGCAGCCCAGGCUCGCGCACGUGUGCCCCGAGCCAUGCUCCACGCAGACGCCAGAGGAUCGGCUCCCAGCGCAUCUGGCAACUCCGAUGCCGACAGCACUCCGCGCGGGAACUCCGAUGCCCACAGAAGUCCACUUAAGUGAACUGCUAGCUGCGACAUAUCCGGGGUUCGUGAGAAGUGGAUCCAAUUGCAAUUGCGGAGGGUAUCUCAAGGAGUUCCCGGAACAGUAUUCGACCUUGGAGCUUUGCGCAGAGGAGUGCCUCCGCGUCCCAGGAUGCCGGUCAUUCGGUCUCCAUCCUUGGCAGUCUAUUUGGAACGGUCACUGCAAUCUUUAUGACGCGGUUUGCGACGAUACGGACGGGCAUGCUGCGGGAACUAUUUGUACCAAUCCAGUCCCAUACGGAGCCAUCCAGGUCAACUUUAAUAACUUGGCAACUGUGAUCCCAACCCCUUCGCCGACAACGGGAUUCUGCGAUGUCACGGACGGUUCGUCUCCCAGCACGGCCUACCCCUGCUUUUGCGGGCCUGCAACAUGCGAGACCAGCGAGAUUUGCUCAGUGGAUUCGUGCGCGGUGCCGCAAGGGCUGACCAUGGAAUGGCCGUGCGAGACUGUUUCGAUAGGCAGCAAGUAUUUUGGUCUUCUGGGCACGAGCGUGACUGGGGCGCCAGUCUACAGUAACGUUGAUGGAACGUAUCUCUAUUGGGAUGUGUCUUGUGAUGGGUACGAACGUCCAGCCGCAGAUCAACGACCCCGAUGGAUUUUGGACAACGAUGCGCCGAGCAUGACAUCCACCAUGGACUUGGAUGGUGAUGGCAAUUGCACCUUCUUUGGGUACCUCAACUCGGCUGAGCUGCGGGGCGUUCCCCUUGGGAACACGAGCUGGAAAGUCGCUUGCGACAGUGGAAUCAUCAGCGCGACUGUCAGCGUCGAGUAUGCUCCAGUGAUGCCGACUCCACUCCCCACGCUGGAGCCCGGGAAGCCGUGCCCAUGCGAGGACUCGUGCGGCGUUUUCCCCUACGUCGACCUCGACGGAGACGGCUGCCUCCUGGAGGGGGAGAUCAACGCCGUCGCGGAGUUUGCCGGGCACUUCCUCGAGAUGGACGCGGACGGGGACGGCUGUGUGAACAGGACGGAGUGCGCCCUGUCGCCGCACUCCGCGGACCUGCCCAGG